ACCCACAAGGUGCGAGCAUGGAGCUCUCGGAAGACGUGUUAACGCGCCUGCAAAAACUGCCCUCGAAAAAAGUGCAGGAUUUGUUGAUCCUCGCGCUGCAAGAGCAAGGAUGGACCAACAUCGAGGACGUCAACAUCGCCCCUGGAUCGGCCCUGGGCGACGGACUGAUGGCCCUGAUUUAUAGGGUCCGAGUAAAAGGAAGCGUGAAGGGAGGCGAACGCGCCGAAUUGAGUUUGGUGGUGAAAAACACGCCGAAAAACAAGGCGCGGCGCGAGGCGUUCAGCGUGCCGAUGCUGUUCGCCAACGAGCAAUCUUUCUACGAAAAAGUCAUUCCGGCGCUGACCCAGCACCUGCACCGAAAUAGCAGACCGCUGGCCGUGGCGGAAUUUUACAAGUCCAUCACGGACGGCGAACACGACGCCUUGAUUUUAGAGGAUUUGAAAGAGCACGGCUUUUGCAUGGCGGACCGGAGAAGAGGGCUGGAUUUGGCGCACUGCAAAGUGGUGCUUGGCGAGCUGGCCAAACUGCACGCGGCCUCUUUUAUUCUAAAGAAAGCAAAUUUGGAGGUUUUUGAAGAGCUGCGGCCGUUCGUGAAAGACAUGUUUUGGGACGAAGACCGUAAAUUUGCCUUCGAACCGUUUGUCACGAGUUGUUUUGAGGAAACGCUUCGGACGAUUAAACCCUAUUUUGACAAUGAUGAUAAAAAUAUUUAUUUGCAAAAUUAUCGCAAAUUAAUUGAUAGGGGUUAUGAGUUUAUUGCUAACAUCAUAAGAGGCACCGCUCUGGGUGACCAAGUAAUCACACAUGGAGAUUGCUGGACAAACAAUUUGCUUUUCAAGUAUGAGUCCGAGCAGAAGCCCGCAGACGUCCGAUUUCUCGAUUAUCAACUGCCACGGAUCACGACGCCGGCCGCCGACGUGACGUACUUUUUAUUCACCAGUCCAAAGUGCCAAAUGAUGUCAGAGAAUUACGACGAAUUGCUCAAGACGUAUCACGAGAGUUUGGCUUCUAUUUUUAAAGAGCACGCAAUGGACCCCGAAAAAAUAUUCUCGAGGGAAAAACUCUACGAGGAAAUGGCUCGCACGGCGCCCUAUGGUCUCACCAUGGCAGGUAUUGUUGUGCCUGCUGUUUGUGUGCCUCCAGAACACACACCAGAUAUGGAAAAGGUCUCGGGCGAAACGAGAGAUCACUUUGUGCAAGAGUACGCUCGGCAAAUGCAAGCGGACACUCCAGAGGCUCGAGAGCAGUUGGCGUUACUUUUGAAACACUGCGUUGACAGAGGCUUUUUUAAAAAUCUCUGAUCAUUUUAUAGGAAUCACAAAUAAAAUUAUUCCUAUCACAAU